GCACUCUUAAAAAUUAACGAACGAAUGAAAGUAGGCGCUUCUCCAUUCCACUGCAUCACUGCAUCCUUUUUUUUUUUUUUUUUGGCACGCAGCAUCCCUCCGUGUAAAUCCGCAUCAUAUGGUAUAUAUCAUACGAAGGGCAAUCAAUGUUAUGUGAACCUCUCAAGAUCUACCCCUUCUUUCGCCCAGUUGGCCAAGCAUUAAUCACUAAAGUGAAGAAGCAGCAUAAGCGUACAAGUGCCUCUUCGAUGAGUCAAACCGCAUGCUAAUUUGUUUAUUCCUACGUUUGCUUCACUCUGAGGGGUUCGCUACUCGACUCAACUGACAUUCGUCGCCCACUCGAUUUACAACAUUUAGGGGGGACCACGUAGAUGCCCAAUUUGUGUACACGUGAAGGUACAUAUAUACCGGUACAUGCGUGGGUAACUUUUGAUUUGCCUACCCAGACGUUGUGCCGUUUUACCAUUUUUGGAACAAGAGAAGUUAGGUCGCUGGAUCAUUAAACAAUGAACGAUGAUAAUAAGGAAUUUUCCGGGAGAGACAUAUACCAGCUAAUAAAAAAUGCCAAGGAUAAGAUCAAAAUCGAUUACAAGUUUUGGUACACGCAGCCCGUGCCCAAAAUAAAUGACGAGUUUAACGAAUCGGUGAACGAGCCAUUCAUAAGUGACAACAAAGUGGAGGAUGUCCGAAAGGAUGAGUACAAACUGCCGCCGGGAUACUCCUGGUACGUGUGCGACGUGAAGGACGAAAAGGACCGGAGCGAAAUUUACACGCUGCUCACAGACAACUACGUAGAAGACGACGACAACAUCUUCCGGUUCAACUACUCUGCGGAGUUUUUACUAUGGGCUUUGACCUCUCCAAAUUAUUUAAAAACGUGGCACAUUGGCGUAAAGUAUGACGCGUCUAAUAAGCUAAUCGGAUUUAUAAGCGCCAUCCCGACGGAUAUAUGCAUUCAUAAGAGAACGAUCAAAAUGGCGGAAGUUAAUUUCUUAUGCGUCCACAAAACUUUGAGGUCGAAACGGCUAGCUCCAGUCUUAAUUAAAGAAAUAACGAGGAGGAUCAAUUUAGAAAACAUAUGGCAAGCUAUCUACACAGCAGGGGUUUAUUUGCCCAAGCCAGUAAGUGACGCAAGGUAUUACCACAGAUCUAUUAAUGUGAAAAAAUUGAUCGAAAUAGGUUUUUCCUCCCUAAACUCUAGACUAACCAUGAGUAGGGCCAUUAAACUGUAUAGAGUUGAGGAUACAUUAAAUAUAAAAAAUAUGAGACUUAUGAAGAAGAAGGACGUCGAAGGGGUACAUAAAUUGUUGGGCAGUUACUUAGAGCAAUUUAAUUUAUAUGCUGUUUUUACGAAAGAAGAAAUUGCCCACUGGUUUCUUCCCAUCGAAAAUGUUAUUUAUACUUAUGUGAAUGAAGAAAAUGGAAAAAUAAAAGACAUGAUUUCUUUUUAUUCUUUACCGUCUCAAAUUUUGGGAAAUGAUAAGUAUAGCACGUUGAAUGCUGCCUACUCCUUUUACAACGUCACCACGACAGCCACGUUCAAACAGUUGAUGCAGGAUGCCAUUCUCCUGGCCAAGAGGAACAACUUUGACGUGUUUAACGCGCUGGAAGUGAUGCAGAACAAAUCCGUCUUUGAGGACUUGAAGUUCGGCGAGGGCGACGGGUCGCUCAAGUACUACCUCUACAACUGGAAGUGCGCCUCCUUCGCCCCCGCGCACGUCGGCAUUGUGCUGCUCUGA